UUGCACCAUGGCUGAGAACAAGCCUUACCGCUAUGGGCUCAUCAUUCUGGGGCUGUUUGUCGUGGCCGUUGGCCUCUUCAUCAUGAGUGUGGAGGAGCCUCAGGUGUAUGCUACCUUCUGUGCAAUGGGUGUGCUCAUGGUGGGCAUUGGCACUGUAUGGAGCAUGUGCCAGUGCUAUCCUAAGGUGACAUUUGUCGCUUACAACCAGGAAGAGUUCUGGACCCCUGGGAAAACAGUCCUUUACACUGUGACUCAGGACUCCCAUAAGAGUGCAGCAGAGCCAGUCAGAGCGCCCCUGGCAGUCCUCCCCGAUGACCUUGAGAGUGAGCCAGACAGACCCACUCAGCCUGAGCCACGUGCAGGCACUGGGCUCCAGGUGCAGUCAGACCACAGCGCAGUCCUCGGACACACAGCUCAGAGCUGCCCCCUGCUUGUCCUGCUUCACACCAGCACCCCGCCGACAGGGUGCAAAGCAACAGAGCUAGACUCCGAGAUGUAUUAUGGGAACGUGGAGGACCCUUGUCAUCUUGGAUCAGACUUGGACAGUGAGUGAAGCUCAAGGUCUGGACUGUAAGAGAAGCCAGAAGCUGUCACAUUAUAUCAAGUAUUUUCAAUAGCAAGGUCAGGUUUGGCUAAGUCCUCCCAACCCUUGUAAUAUUUUCAUUUUGUAAGUGUCUGCAAAAACAGUAUUGAUAACUUCAUACUUUUUAUAGAACAGUCAAACUGUGAGCUCCAUAAUGUUUGGGAUAAAUAUAUUUAUUUUUUCUUGAUUUGGCUCUGUGCUCCACAAUUUUAGAUUUGUAAUCAAACACAUAUGUUUCAAGUGCACAUUCUCAGAUUUUAUUUAAGGGUGUUCUUAUACACUUUGGUUUCAUCAUGUUGAAAUUACAGCACUUUUUAAAAAUGAAGAUUUAUUAAAGCAAAACUGCUAUAAACUGUACAGCCUGCCGUUAAACUGCACCAUUAAAACACAGGUAAGUAAAACAGCUGCCAAAGAGAAGGCGGGUUAAUGAAGCUCUUAAGGAUACAGGCCGUGGUCCUGAUCAGCUCAGAUUCCAGCACGCUGCUGGCCCGUCCCCCAGAUGAGAUCACGGCCUGGCAACAAGUGGGCUCAGUCAGGCCAGCCACUGGAGAGCAUUGAAUCACAGCCCGCUUUUUCUUCUCUAGGAAAUCACUGCGAAGACUCGUACAAGAGCACAGUAGAAUAAGAAGCUUUAGGAGACGGACUGACAGCGAGUGAAGGCUGUAUUUUAUGAGACCUACAGCAGGAGCCAGAUGCAGAGCUGAAGACACAGAAGGAAGAAUUCCCAACAGUCCCCGUAGCCUUGACAGCCCUCCUGUUUGUUUUCUGCCUAAUCAGAUCAACACUUGACUCAGCUGAGAGCUCUGAGUGGGUCCGAUGAGAGACUGCCCCCCCCCGCCCCCCAUCCGUCCACUUAGCUGGACGUCCCUCUAUCUGCUAGCUACAGCAGCAAUUGAGAAGUGCCUAAGGAGUGACGCUACAUUAUAAACUAUUCAGUAAAUACCAGUAGGGAAGUCCUUUAUUUGGAAAUACGAGGAUCCUGAGGGAUCCAAACUCAAAGAUUAUAUAUUCACUUGAUGCCAGGAAAUGGUCUGUAUCGUGCACUGGUAUGUCCUUAUUUACAAUUCUGAUCUGAGCUUCAUCCGCCCCCAAACACUGAACAGUUCACUCAAUAGGAGUUCACUUAAGUUCAGAGAAGGGCCACCAAGUAUAUUUGUCACUACGCAGACAUGUGAAUGCUCUAUACUGUACCUCCAUUGCAGACAAUAACUGUGGCUCAAUUGUACACUGAAACUGAAAAUGUAUAAAGGAACCCCACAGAACGUGAACUAUGCCUUUACGACCUUGGAGAAUGUGAAAGUGGUCAAACAGUGAUCAAUAUUAGUGAUCAAACGUAUCUGCUCUACAGCACUUUCCCUUCAAAGGCCUCCUUUAGUUGCUUUGUUCUUUUUCUCUGCUGCAUUCCCUGUUUCCACUCCCCCAAUGGGCAUAUCCCUGCACAAAUUCAGAUCCGUUUUCUUGCACUUCCAUCACCAUUAUAAAUAAAGCCACAGAGCCUCCCUGGCCUGCAUACCCAUUACCCCAGAGAGCUGCUCGGAUCAGGACAGGAAAUAUCCUCAUAUUCCCAGCACCGACCCAGAGACUGAUGCUCAUCGAUCCGCCUGGACCGCUGCAAGCGGGGGGAACCGGCGGACUUCAUUUCUGCUAAGGGCAUCAUGGGGCCUGACCAGGCUCUUAUGGCCCGUACUUUACUUUACUUCCUCCACCAUUUUCCUAAUCCUGUGCAAUACCUCUGCUUCCGCUAAGUGACGCAGUUCAAUCCUCUGCCCAUUACCCUUUUCCUCCACACCAGACUGCUGGAGCCACUCACACCAUCACGGUGCAGAUGGUACUCAAACCUUUCUUUCCAUCUCCCCCCGGGUACUCUGAAAUCAUCCAAUAAAACUGCUGUGCUUUCCAGACAUCUCCUGGAUGAUCACCAAUUAACUAUACAGAGCCUCUCCAAAACAGCCUGGUUGCCGUUUUCUCCCCAGGUCUUCUCUCUUGGGCUAUUCCAACACUGAAAUGGCAGCUUGUCCAGUAUGUAAUAUACCACAGGCCUAAUCACACCAGCCAAGUGCUUAUCCUUCAUCACUAUCUACAUGCUAACUUGUGCCCUGUGCUACUCCACAGUAGGUGACCCAACUGUCCCUUCGGACUGAGGCUCCAAAAUGAGUGACUACUCAUCCAUAGCCUAGCUGGUCCUGGAUGACCGUGUUGCCUUCCAGGCAGUUCUGUGCUAGGCAGUCUUGCAUGUGGUUAUUUGACACGUGUAUACUGAAAUGUAUUUUAUAAUGAUCUGCGAGUUUGCCUGGUGAAGGAUGUUUAAUAAAAUACUGGAUACCCUGAUAGGUUUCACUUCUGAUAAUGGCUUGUGAUUUAUUAUUCGGUUUUCCAAAGCCACAACUGGCAUUUUCACCUUAUAUACAGCAGAGAGCAGUAUUCAGUCACCACUGGCAAAAUCAAUCUUUGUGGGUUUUAAUUUCCAACAACUGCCCACAGUACACAUUUUAUUAAACUUGUGCCCAACUUUCUCAGGAUCUACUGAUUUCAGUUUACAUACAGCAUACAAAGUCAUUACAUUGUUUACUACUGUAUACAGGAUCUUACAUGUAUAAGUCUUCUUGCCUACAUCAAGAGACUUAUGAGACAAUGCGUU